CUUUUAUUGAAGCUAGUUUGCAAUUUCGGUUCACGGCUUCGCGCCUCUGCAUGUAUACAUCAUACGAUUCAAUACAGUUCCGAGAGCAGAGCCGAUUCAGCCGAAUAGGGUUCAACCAACUGCCUCGACACGUGUCAUUUCCUCCCGUCAUCCAGCUGCGCAACAGAUAAGGUACUGUGCACCUGUGGCCACAACCGAAGCAUCUAUCUGAACAAGCUCAGCAGCUCGCAGUUCUCCCGGUGCAUGUAGCGAUCAAGAAAUUGAAUUGCCCGGCUUGCAUUGAUCCCCGGUCUCUCAUCGAUCUCCUCUCGCAACACCCGACCCCGAGGAAUUCGAGCUGCAGCAUGGCGGCGUUCAUGGCGAGCGGAAGGGCCGCCAUGGCCUCGACCAGGCCGAGCUUCGUCACUCCUCGCAGCUUCUUCAACUGGGGAAAAGGCGCCGGAGGAGCUGAGUCGCCGCCGCCGCCACAGCUGAAGUUCCAGUACCACGACGUCGAGCUGCCGUUCCCCAUGUCGCUCGUGGCGAACACGCACCUCAGAGACCGCGAGCUGAGGUGCUGCUACAAGGCCACCGUGGACGGCUUCAGCGCGACGGACUUCCACCGGCGGUGCGACUUCAAGGGCCCCUGCGUCGUCGUCGGCUGCACGGGCGGCGGCUUCAGGUUCGGCGGGUUCAGUCCCGAGGGGUACCGCAGCACGGACGACUACUACGACACGCUGGACGCCUUCCUCUUCUACUGGCCGGAGCCGGCGCCGGCAGCAGAAACCGCCGCUGCCGAGGCGCCGCCCGUGGUGCUGCCGAAGAUGGGCGGCAGCGGCGCGGCGCUUUUCGACUACUCCCGCGGCGGGCCUCAGUUCGGCGCCGACGGGCUGCUCAUCGGCCCGCCGCUCACCGCCGUGAUGGGCGUGUUCACGGGGCCCGACUCCAGCGCCGGCGUCGGCGACCUCCGCAGCGCGCGGUCGCGGCUCGGGCUGUCGUACGCGAGGCGGGCGGACGGGAAGGAGAGCCUGUUCGGGGACGAGGGCAGGGCCGAGCUAGCGGAGGUACUCGUCUUCUGCAGCCCGCAGAUCGCCAGCCUCUACUGAUUACUCAUUAGCUCGUGUGGUCGAGAAGAUGAAGUGAAAGGAAGCCUCUCAUAGUAUUUUUUUUAGAUCGGCCACUGCCUACAAUAUCACACCCCUCUCCCCUUUGUUGCACAGCCAGAGCUAGAGGGCGGAAUAAGGAUUUGACCCUAGGAGGGGCCAAGAGGCUGAGUAUAGAAUCUAUAGAUAGUAAAACACGAGCAUUUCCAAGAGUUUCCUAUAUUUUCUUUCUCAAACUUGUUUGUCAAGUCCCCAAAUAGGUAUGGGGAGAGAAAAAAAAGUCCAUCUUCAACGGUUCUCUA